CGCUGGUCGAUCAGCCAUCACAUCAUAUAUGUUCUAGAGAAGCAUUCACUACACUCAAUACCAAGGUGGUCUUGAUCAGCGGACAUAAUAUUUCUUAUCAUGAUCUGCUAUAAAAGAACUACCAUGAUCAUAUCGCAACUUUGUCGGUGUCUUAACAUAUUGCAAGCAAAUGUCGGCCCCAAAAGCGGCACUAGAGCCAUCGUCGCAGAUGUCGCCGCUAAGAGCAAUUGUGCAAGUGACAUUCUUGGGACGUGCGUCUGGUUUCUUCUUCUCUGCUCCGACAAUAUAUUUCCAUCCUCGCUUCGACUCGGGUUCAGCCCAGGUCAGUCGAUAUUUCAAGCAUACAUUUCAAGUUCAAUGGCUUCGCCGUGAGACGAGGGUUGUGUUUUGAACGAGAUGACGAUGGUCAGUGAUCCGAGUUCCUCCGCGGCCUCAGCCCCGGAGCACGAGGGACACGAGCAACAACAUGCCAAGUCUGAGAAGAAAGUCUCACUUCCUAAAAGGAUGUGGACGAGCUUGGAUUUGGAUCUGCCAACGGUAUUGAUCAUGGCAAAGGGUGCCUUGCCACCUGCUAUUGUUCUGGGAAUGCUUCAGGCUAAUGUCAUUAUUACCGAAUUUAAUACCCUUGGGUACUUGGUCGCCAUUGCCUCUGUCCUGGGGAUGUGCAUCUUACCUCGCGCCAAGUUUCUGCAAUUUAUGAUAACAAAUGUGGUCAUGAUUUGCGUGGGUGCGGCGGUGGUUCUCCUGGAGAUAUAUUGUUCUGUAAAAGCAAGACAGCACACUGCACCACCUCCAACAUCUGCGAAGCCCACUUACAAUUCCUCAGCAUCGGCUGUGUGCGCCAUAUGGCUCUUCUUCAUGACAUGGUUAAUCAAUACCAUAAGAGCCAAACACCCGCAAUCUGCACUACCGACUGUCCUUGUCAGCAUUUUCGUCGAUGUUGCUUCGAUCUACGGUGCCAAUUUCACGACUAUGACCCAAGGGAUCACAUUCACUAAACGUUUGCUCGAAUCCUUUCUAUUGGGUUUCGCCAUAGCGACUGGUGUCUCACUGUUCAUCAUUCCGGUUACAUCUAGGUCUGUCGUAUUCAAGGAGCUUACUGGGUACAUUGGACUGCUUCGAGCGACUCUGCAAGGCCAUUCAGCUUAUUUUGAGAGUCUGCGGAACGGGGACUGGCUCUCAUUCGAAAUGGCCGAUGGGCAGAAGCAAGGAAAGGGGCUACACAACAAAGCAGCGAGAGAUAUUCAGACCACACUAAACAAACUUACGGAGCUACAUGGCAAAGUGGUAGGUGACCUGCCUUUUGCCAAAUCCGAAUUUGCCAUUGGCUACCUAGGAGGUGAUGACAUUGGCAACCUGUUUAAACUUCUAAGGAUGACACUUUUGCCAAUGACAGGCCUUUCAUCUAUUGCCGACGUGUUCAGCCGUCUGGCUGAUCUAAACAAUCUGAAUACAUUCCGUGCCGGCAUAGGUAUGGAAUCUGUCAACGAGGAGCAACGUCACACAAUGAUCAAGGAGUGGCAGGAAGUCAUGAAUACAGUACAGCCUACCUUCCAAUCCAUUAUCGAUGUGAUGGAUGAAGGUCUGCAGCAUGUGCUGUACACGUUGAAACUUGCAAAGCCUCCAAAGAAGACAGGCAGUGCUUCAGACUCCAACGAUGUGGAGAAGAAGGCGGUACCGAGUCCAGGGGAUGAAGGUUUCUCGGACUAUCUCCAAUUGAAGAGCCAGGAGUUCUACGAAGGGAAAGAAGUGGCCCUGCGGACGUGGUGCGAGGACAAAGGCAUACAAUUGAGCGCUGAUUUCUUCCACCACAAACACGAUCCAUUAGCCCAGGACCUGCUGAAUGAAACUGCCAGCCAAGACUCGAUCCUGCAACGCAAUCAACGACAAUUGUUCAUUUUGCUCUAUAUGGAGUUCCUACUCUACAAUAUCAGUCAAACUAUCUUGGAUCUUACGAGAUGGGCAGAUGGACGAGUGGCCAGUGGCAAAUUGUCAAAGAGAAGAUUGAUUUGGCCCAAUAUGAAGCGACUCCGUAAAUGGUUCAAGAGCGCCUUCGGUCACCAAGAGGACAGCGACGCCCAUAGACUUGAGGACGGGGCAGGAUUAGGGAAGACUUACGACCUAGGUUCAGCCUACAAUAACAAGAGGGAUCCGGAACAUCUACCGCCCUCGACAUCUUUCCAGAAAUUCGGUAAUUUGAUCAGGUCUAUCCCCAAGUUUCUACGUUCGUCUGAAGCUUCAUUCGGAUUUCGAGUUGCGUGUGCUACCAUGUCUGUUGGUAUCGUAGCGUUCCUGCACGAUACGCAGAGCUUCUUCAACAAGCAGCGAUUGGUGUGGGCAAUGAUCAUGAUAGCAAUCAGCAUGAAUCCGACAUCUGGUGCUAGUGUGUUCAACUUCGUUCUACGCGUGGUUGGUACCUUCUUAGCUGUGGUCGCCUGCUUCGUUGCUUAUUACAUUGUUGAUGGUCACACUGCUGGCAUAAUCGUCUUCGCAUGGGUUUUCAUCACCAUGUUCUUCUACAUCGUGUUGAAACAACCGCGAUUCCUCAUCAUCGGCCUCAUCUCGAUUGUCACCGUCGUUCUCGUUCUAGGAUAUGAGCUCGACUCUCGCAAACUAGGCCGAGCAGCAUCUGAAGCCACUGGACAGCCUUACUAUCCUAUCUACGAACUUGCCCCUUACCGCUUGGCUUGCGUAGCUGGAGGACUGUUCGUCGCUUUCAUCUGGAACUUCUUCCCCUAUCCAAUCACCGAGUACUCGGCUCUCCGUAGCAGUCUAGGAGGCUCUCUCUACCUCCUAGCAAACUACUACUCUAUCGUCCACGAGACAGUCAAAGUCCGCCUGCACGAUGCCGAGGGCGAUGCGGGGGACAAGAACAGCCCAGGUCGGAGACUCGAGAAAGAGCGCUUGCGGGUCUUCUCCAAGCAGAUGAUGAUGUUCACGCAGAUGCGGACAAUAUCAGAUUUUACGAAAUGGGAGGUCCCGAUCGGAGGCCGUUUCCCGAAGGAUACAUACGACUCCAUCAUCCAAAGCGCGCAAAAUAUACAUAACUACAGCUCCCUAAUCUCAUUCGCCUCCCGCACGUAUUCCGCCCCUAGUCCUUCCUCUUCCUCGCCCGACAAUUCGACCGAAUGGGUCUCCGACUUCCGCCGGCUGACAGCAUCGAUUCGCCCAACAUCACACGCCAUAACAUCCACUCUCUCACUGCUCUCCGCAUCCGUAACCAACGGCCUGCCUCUCCCGCCCUACAUGACCGUCCCACACCCGUACGCCCUCGCCAAGCAGCUCGAAGAACUCGACCGCGACAUCCUCAGCGUACGCCACGUCGCAGAGCCCGGAUACGCUGCGUUCGCGGUGAUUCAGAUCAGUGCGAGGUGUCUAGUGGAGGACUUGGAGAGACUGCUAAGGGGAGUCAGAGAAUUGGUCGGAGAGUUGGAUUUCAGCUUUCAUGUCGUGAGUACGGGAGAUGCGGGCAGCAGUGAGGAGACGUUGGUAAAGGCGGACAGGGAGAAGGCUGAUUGAGGAAUUAUGAUGGCGGUAAUAUAUGGCUACUAAUUGCGAUGCUAAGCGCAUUGAUGGCUCCAUGGACACAAGGGCUGAGAAGAUAGAACUUGCAUUAAUACGGCGAAACGUGAGGUGAGGUGUACGCGACGUCGACCUUGGUCCCCGCGCACGCAUUGUAUCCCGUUAUUCUCCGUAGGUCCUGUACUGUAUAAACAACGACGUCGAUCACGACGGUCUCUCCAUUUCCCUGUCCUUGACAUUCCUCUGACACUUCACAGCAUCAAGCAAGCUAAUUCCCCAUAUCUACUACUCAAUGCCAUAUCCAUGCAUAUCACAGCGCAAUCCAAAUUCCAUGCACGACCUAGAGUCCCCAACCUCCAUGAGCUCACAGC